GGUUUUGACAGACACACAGACGCCUGUCAAAAUGUCCAAGGAGCUUCUCCUUCUCUGGCUGGUGACAGAGCUCUGGUGGCUUUAUCUGACACCAGCUGCCUCAGAGGAUACAGUAAUAGGGUUUUUGGGCCAGUCGGUGACUUUGCCUUGUCAGCACUCAUCCUGGUCCAGGAACCGCAACAGCAUGUGCUGGGGCAAAGGUGCAUGUCCCAAUUCCAAGUGCAACCAGGAGCUUCUCCACACAGAUGGAACAAAAGUCGUCUCCAGGAAGUCAUUCAAAUACACACUUCAGGGGAGUAUCUGGUGGGGCGAUGUGUCCUUGACCAUCUCAAACACCAAUCAAGAGGACAGUGGGGUGUACUGCUGCCGUAUAGAGGUGCCUGGCUGGUUCAAUGAUGUCAAGAAGACUGUGCGCCUGGAGCUGAGGAGAGCCCCAACAACCCCCAAACCAACAACCACCACAAGACCAACAACCACCACAAGACCAACAACCACCAUUCGGCCAACCACCACUCCUUACUUGACUACCACAGAAGAGCUUCCAACAACAGUCAUGACCACUCCUGACCUCACAACUGCAACACCACCCCAACCACUGGCCACCAUUGUCCUCACUACAGCAGUAACCACAUGCCCCUCAACAACACCCAGCUCCUUCUCACAGGAAACCACAAGUGUUUCAAACACUGAGAUCUUCACCAAGGGGUCUGCCAUCACUGCAGAAUCAGAAACUCUUUCUUCAUCCAAGCACUCUCAAAGAAGCAUGGUGACCAUGCCUGCAGACACAGCCUUACUCAUACCUCAAACUCACAGAAAACGGAGCAACAGACAGACCAACAUCUUGAUCAUUGCUUGCUGUGUGGGGUUUGUGCUGAUGGUGUCAAUAUUUCUGGCAUUUCUCCUUCGAGGGAGAGUCACAGCAGCCAAUUGUUUGCGGAGACACAAGAGGCCAGACAACAUUGAAGAUCGUAAAAGUGUCCUCAAUGACAUGUCACAUGCACAGGAUGAUGAAGACGGAAUCUUUACUCUCUAACUUGUCACCUUUUCGUAGAAUUAAGCAUGGGGGAUGAUGUUUGAAUUGUGUAAUUAUAAUUUUGGGGACAUUGCAA